AUGGCCCCACUACCGUCCCGUCGUCUUCUCAUCUUUCAAGAAGCGCGCAAUCCUCAAAAUACCGCCGAGGUCGUUUACCUCCCUCUCAACAAGCUGGGUCUGCCCAUAUCUGGGCCUGGACCGGAGCUCCCUUCCAUAUUGGAGUUGCCGUUGCGAAUUCUAAGGGCUUUCACGGAGAUCUUCAACCAGCCGAAAUAUAAGGGAUGGGCUAUUAUGUCUGCAGGACCUUACCAUGAUACUUCUGAAGAAGGCAAAUAUUAUGCUGUAAGCCUAUCCGAUAGGAAGUUCUUCGUCCUCGAUUUCAUGAAGACAAACGAUGGAUAUGAACCCACUGGGUUUCCUCUCCAACUCUCUGAAGCCUCCCAUAUUAUUAAAAUGAUCUUCGCUGAAGAGGGUAUUUCAGUCCCCCAGUCCUCUCCUUUUUCCGAAGUGGUUUUCUUCGAAGACUCCGUGCUUAUGCAGACAAUCGCUUGUAUCAUGCAGUUUGCUACCAAAAAUUAUGCAUAUGUCAAGAGCUACAACGACAAGACAUACCAAGGCUACCACACAGUCCUCGUGUCAGCAGACAACCAUCACAGCUGCAACAUUGGGACCGUCCCUCCGUUCCUCCCAAGCACCUGUUCCCCAAUGGGGGCACAAGCUCUAAUUGUUCACGACGCCUGCAACCCCCAGGGCACAAUGCUUAUGCACCUAGAUGAAACCUCUGAUGACUACAUCAAAGAUCUAUCAGACGCCUGUGAACGAUAUUCCUUGCACACCUCACUCCUUAACAUGGACAUAUUGUCCAGACAGAGGUCCAACUCAGAUCUCUUCAACCAAGACCUUCAACCAGCCCCCCUUACUGCCUCCUCCUACCCCAACCAACUAGCCUACAAAGACAAUCCAGACAACCCCACUACCAUAAGACCAAUACCCACAAUAGAAGGACUCCACGAUCCAGAAUUCCCAUACACCACCGACAACUUAAGUAGCAACGAACAUCUCCACUCCCGAACAUCCGGUGUCAAACCGGAGAAUGACAAUGUCACCGUAACACUACGAGACGUCAUGCUCCAUACUCCAAAGAACACUAGUUAUCCCAAUGGAGUCGGGCUCCUUACGCCCCGCUCCGGGGACAACUAUGUGUCAUGCAGUGAAGGUGCAUAA